GCCGGAUGGGGCGGGGCCAGGAAGUGAAGCGCCGGGAACCUUGGUAACACGCGCCUGGGUGUUGCAAGUUGGCUGCGUGUGUGUGUGGAGUGGGCGAAAAGGGAAAGUUACGGGCUGAGCUCCCCGGGACUGUCUUCGCUUUUGGUCACCGGCAGCGGGAUGAAGAUCGAGGAGGUGAAAAGCACCUCGAAGACGCAGCGCAUCGCCGCGCACAGCCAUGUCAAAGGUCUGGGGCUGGACGAGAGCGGAGCUGCCAAGCCGGCGGCGGCCGGACUGGUCGGCCAGGAGAACGCGCGGGAGGUGAGAGCGGCCCUCCCCCACACACCCCGAGGCCGACCUCCUCUCGAGCUGCUCCUUGGUUUUCUUUUUGCCUGGCGUUGUUGUACUGUUCAGCGCUGCAUCUUUGCUUGUGGCAUUAUCGUGGAAUUGAUCAAAUGCAAGAAGAUGGCUGGGAGAGCUGUGCUAUUAGCUGGACCUCCUGGAACUGGCAAGACUGCUUUAGCUUUAGCUAUUGCUCAGGAGUUGGGUAGUAAGGUUCCCUUUUGCCCUAUGGUUGGAAGUGAGGUAUAUUCUACUGAAAUAAAGAAAACUGAAGUCUUGAUGGAAAAUUUCAGAAGAGCAAUUGGGUUGAGGAUUAAAGAAACUAAGGAAGUUUAUGAAGGUGAAGUCACAGAAUUAACUCCAUGUGAGACUGAGAAUCCUAUGGGAGGAUAUGGCAAAACCAUUAGUCAUGUCAUUAUAGGACUCAAAACUGCAAAAGGAACCAAACAGCUGAAGCUGGAUCCCAGCAUCUUUGAAAGUCUGCAAAAAGAAAGAGUGGAAGCUGGGGAUGUGAUUUACAUUGAAGCGAACAGUGGAGCUGUCAAGAGGCAAGGCAGGUGUGACACAUACGCAACAGAAUUUGACCUUGAGGCUGAAGAGUAUGUUCCCUUGCCAAAAGGUGAUGUGCACAAGAAGAAAGAAAUUAUUCAAGAUGUCACCCUGCAUGACUUGGAUGUGGCCAAUGCCAGACCUCAGGGAGGACAGGAUAUCCUCUCCAUGAUGGGACAGUUGAUGAAGCCUAAGAAAACUGAAAUCACAGACAAACUUCGAGGAGAGAUCAACAAAGUGGUGAAUAAAUACAUUGAUCAAGGCAUUGCAGAGUUAGUUCCUGGUGUGCUCUUUGUGGAUGAGGUUCACAUGCUGGAUAUCGAAUGCUUCACAUAUUUGCACCGAGCACUGGAAUCUUCUAUUGCUCCGAUUGUCAUCUUUGCUUCCAACCGGGGGAAUUGUGUAAUCAGGGGUACAGAAGAUAUAAUCUCUCCUCAUGGAAUACCACUGGACCUUCUGGACAGAGUUAUGAUAAUUAGGACCAUGUUAUAUACACCACAAGAAAUGAAACAGAUUAUAAAGCUUCGAGCCCAGACAGAGAGUAUUAAUACUAGUGAGGAGGCACUAAACCAUCUUGGGGAAAUUGGCACCAAAACAACAUUAAGGUAUGUUGUGCAGCUACUGACCCCAGCCAAUCUGCUGGCAAAGAUAAAUGGGAAAGACAGCAUAGAAAAGGAGCAUGUUGAAGAAAUAAAUGAACUCUUCUAUGAUGCCAAAUCCUCAGCAAAAAUCCUGGCUGAUCAACAGGAGAAAUACAUGAAGUGAAGCAGUUUGUUCCCUUUUGUAGUCUUCUGAGCCUCAUCCUAACAUUUUCCAACUGCUUGAAACAAAAGCAUGCAAAAGAAAUGUUAAUUGUCAUGGAACUAAAAAAAUAUUUAAAUAUCAAAAUAGCAUUUCAUAGCAGGAAGUAGAAUUUCCUAUGUUCUUACUUCAUAGUGAUUGAAUGAAAAGAUGUUUAAGCCUGUGGUAUCCUAGUAUUUUUUAAUAUUGAGUGCCUAUUUGAAAAGGAUGUGCACUGGCACAUCUUUGUGUUUCUAUUUUAUUGUAUAUUUGAUUGUUAAAUUGUUCAGAACUGAGCAAGAUUGUCUUUUUGGGCCUUGUUUUCAGAUAAUAGGAGGAAAGAGAUUAAAAAUUAAAACAUG